AUGUUUCGAUUAUCCUUCACACAUUUCAUAGCUACUAGUAGAAUAGUAAUAAAUUCUUCAACACGUUCAUUCCAAAGAUUAUCAUCUCCAUCAAAUGAAAAUAUUAUUCUUUCUACGACUUUAACAGAUAAUUUAUAUGGCUUCAAAAAUUUCAUACAAAAGAGACAAUUGACGAAUACUGUGAAUAUUGAACAUGAUAAAAAUGCAACAAUACAUAAAUCAUCACAAUUACCAAAAGUUUAUACACGUACAGGAGAUCGAGGUACAUCUGCUUUGUUAGGUACAGGUUCAAAUCGUGUAUCAAAAGAUUCAUUAAUAUUUGAUGUACUUGGUACAAUUGAUGAAUUAUCAGCAACACUUGGUAUUGUUCUUUCAACUUGUUCAAUUCCUGAAUUAUCAAAAGAAUUAGAAAAUAUUCAAUGUCGUCUUUUUGAAAUUGGUUCAUGUGUAGCUGCUAAUAAUCGUUCAUCUCGUUUUACAUUUAAUGAUUCAAUAUUAAUUAAUAAUUUAGAAGAACAAAUUGAUAAAAUGACAAAUGAAUUACCAGCAUUACGUCAUUUUAUUUUACCUGGUGGUGGAAGUCAAACAGGAUCUAAUCUUCAUUUUUCAAGAGCUGUUUGUCGUCGAUGUGAACGUUUAUUAACAAAAUGGUUAAAUAAUCAGAAUAUAGAAGGAGAAGAACAACAAGAUACAAUUAUGGGAAUUUAUUUAAAUCGACUUAGUGAUUAUUUAUUUACAUUAGCACGAUAUAUUACAUUUAAAGAGGGACAUAAAGAAAUUAUAUAUCAGAAAAAUAAAUGA